AUGGAUGCCUCCAAGCUCCGCGACUUCGUCGAGGCGUGCAAGAAGGACCCUUCGCUCCUCGCCGACCCCAGCCUCGCCUUCUUCCGGGAUUACCUCCAGAGUCUGGGUGCCAAAAUUCCCGCCGCCGCCGCCGCCUCCUUCGACAAGCCCAAGAGAUCUUCCAUGGACGACAUUGAUGAUGAUGAUGAUGAUGACGACGACGACGAUCUGGAUAUGAGAGAUCCCACUCCUGAGCCAGACGAGGUCGAUGAAGAGAUUGUUGAGUCUGAUCUUGAGCUUGAAGGAGACAUUGUACAGUCUGACCAUGAUGACCCACCACAGAAGAUGGGAGAUCCUUCGGUGGAGGUGACUGAGGAAAAUCGUGAUGCCUCUCAAGAAGCAAAAGGCAAGGCUAUGGAAGCAAUGUCUGAAGGAAAACUCGAAGAUGCUAUUGAACACCUUACCAGCGCAAUAGUGCUGAAUCCACUCUCAGCAAUCAUGUAUGGUACUAGAGCAUCUGUGUUUAUAAAAAUGAAGAAACCAGCUGCUGCCAUUCGUGAUGCCAAUGCUGCUCUAGAGAUCAACCCGGACUCUGCAAAAGGUUAUAAAACUCGUGGAAUGGCAUAUGCCAUGCUUGGCAAAUGGGAGGAAGCUGCUCGUGAUCUGCACACAGCAUCUAACAUGGAUUAUGAUGAGGAGAUCAGCGCUGUGCUCAAGAGGGUGGAGCCUAAUGCUCACAAGAUAAUGGAACAUCGCAGGAAGUAUGAGAGGCUGAGAAAAGAGAGGGACGAAAAGAGAGCGGAGCGUGAUCGGCUUCGUCGACGUGCAGAGGCACAGGCUGCUUAUGACAAGGCCAAGAGGAAGGAGCAAUCGUCAAGUCGCUCAUCAGGAGGUGCAUCUCCCAGAGGCUUUCCUGGAGGGAUGCCCGGUGGAGGUUUCCCUGGAGGGAUGCCCGGUGGAGGUUUCCCUGGAGGCAUGCCUGGUGGGGGUUUCCCUGGAGGGAUGCCUGGGGGUUUCCCUGGGGGUGGCAUGCCUGGAGGUUUCCCUGGGGGUGGCAUGCCUGGAAAUGUUGAUAUGAGUAAAAUCCUGAAUGACCCUGACCUGAUGGCAGCAUUCAGUGACCCAGAGGUCAUGGCGGCGCUGCAAGAUGUGAUGAACAAUCCUGCCAACUUUGCUAAGCACCAAGCGAAUCCCAAGGUAACUCAGGAGUCAGGAAUUGAUGCUAAUGAGAGUCAGGAUCAGGAGUUGGAUGCUGAGAAGUGA